UGCGAUCCACUCCGAAACAGCAUGGCGACGACGACGCCUUCCUCAGCUUCCAGCGUUCCUCUUGACCUUGUCAAGACGUUCACGGACGAAUUCCAAGCCGAACCGCGGUACAUCAUCGCCCAGAACGGCCUCACGUCGACGCACUGGCGCAACAUUGUGUGCAAUCGCCGCGUCAUUGCGCGGCAAACGAAUGUCUUCUCCAAGAAGCUUCCGGACAUGGAUGCCUGCAACCAGAACGAAACGGGGCGGUGCUGGUUGUUUGCCACGGCAACGUUGCUUCGUCGAGCGCUGCACACCAAGUACAACCUGGACAAGGACUUUGAAAUCUCGCAAAACUUCUUUUACUUUUGGGUAUAUAUUUACUGUUCAUCGUUCGUUCUGGCACACAUAUACAUGUUUGUCAUUGCAGGACAAGUUUGAAAAGGUCAACUUCUUCUUGGAAAACAUCCUCGCGACCGCGCACAAGCCCGUGGACACCCGCAUCGUCGCACACUUCCUCAGCGACCCCACGACCGACGGUGGGCAGUGGGAUAUGAUCGUGAACAUCAUCAACAAGUACGGCGCGUGCCCCAAAAACGUGUAUGGCGAGUCGUUCCAAACAGUCGACUCGGAGCGCCUCAACUACCUCCUCGGCGCCAAGCUGCGCGACUUUGCCAAGCAGCUCCGCGACCUCCACGCGACGGGCGCGACCCCCGCCGACUUGCAAGCGGCCAAGGUGCCCAUGCUCCAAGUCUGCCAUCGCAUCCUGUCCAUCCAUCUGGGAACUCCCCCCACCACGUUCGACUUUGAAGCCCACGACAAGGACGAAAAGCAUGUCCGCGUACCUCAUUUGACCCCGCGGACAUUUGUCACGUCCGUUGUACCGAUCGACGUGAACGAUUAUGUGUCCCUUGUCAACGACCCUCGCAAUGCCUUGGACUCUAUCCUCACCAUUGAUCGGCUGGGCAAUGUCGUCGAAGGCAACUCGAUCCGGUACUUGAACGUCGGAGUGUCCGACCUGUGGAAAUAUGCCAAGACGCAACUCGACGCGGACGUGCCGGUCUGGUUUGGCUGCGACUGCGAUGCCGACUCGGAAUUGGACAAGUAUGGCCUUUACUCGACCGACUUGUACGAUCUCAACGCUGUAUUUGGUACGACCUUGACGCUCGACAAACCCGAUCGCAUGCGGUUCCACAAUGGCUCGAUGACGCAUGCGAUGGUGUUUGUGGGAUACAACGCCGUGGACGACAUGGAGAGGCCGGCAGCGUGGAAGGUCGAGAACAGCUGGGGCGUCGGUCGCGGCGCCAAGGGCUUCGAUGUGAUGACCGCCGACUGGUUUGACGAGCACAUGUACCAAGUGGUUGUGCUCAAGAAGUUUCUGUCGCCGAAGCACUUGGCUUUGUGGGACACUGGCACGCCCACUGUCUUGCCAGUGUGGGACCCCAUGGGCAAUUGUUUGCACUAACAACCUCGUCACACAUUGCAACCAUCGCUCGUCAUCUCGUUGGAUGUGUGACAAGGGUAUAAAUACAAUUCAGUGAUGCGAUCUGGUCCAUAUAUCGAAUGG